UCAUCACCCCCUAAUUUCUAUUACAUGGAUAACUCUUUUGCUUUAAAAGAUAUUUUAAUGAGAUCUUCACUAGUAUUUUUUAAAUAUUUAGCAGAAGAAGCGAAGUUAUUUGUUUAUUAUUUUUUUUUAAAUAUUGAUAUUUUUCUUUUUAAUAAAAAAAAAUAUAAAAAAAUAAAUAAGUUCGCCUCUAGUAAAUGCGUUUUUAAGAAAUUAACCCUAAUAACAUUUUAUGAAAUUUUUAAUAAUAAACCUAGCAAACGUGUAAUAGCAAAAUAUGGCAAUUUUCAUCAAAUUUUAGAAUAUUUACUACGUCUCGGCAUACUUGGCAGCAUUGCUUUAUGCUUUAUCGAUCCAAGAUCUACUGGCGAGCGUCGUUCCCGUGUCACCCCAAUGUUAAAAAAUAUUAAUAUAUAGUAAUGUAAUAAAUUAUGUAGGUUGAAUAUUAACAAAUACGAAAAGUUUGGACUACCUGAUUUUAGUUAUUUUUCGAACUUUUGCCCACAAUCCUUUUUGGUUUGUGAUGUAGCGUUGAUGUGUUUAUAAAUUUGCCGUACGCUGCAAUAUUAUUAAUAAUUGUUAUUAGUAGGCAACUAAUAACAAUUAAUAAUAUUAGGUACUUAGGUUAGAUUAGUAGGAUAUUUAGUAAAUUUUGUUUUUUUUUGUUUGAAUUUUUAAGUCUGUCUGCAAGCGACUGUCGCCGCGCCAUCGCGUCGCCUCGGUGCCGCCUUACCCCAUUGUUAAACAAUAAUGUUAUAUUAUACACAGGUAGAAUAAUGAAAAAAACGAAAAUUUUAGACUGGGUACCUGAAUAACUGUAACUUUUUACGUACCCUAACACUUUUUAGUUUGUGAUGUGCCGUUGCAUGUAUAUGGAAGUCUGUCGUGUGCUAUUUUUGUGAAAACUGUGAACUUUACUGUUAUAGUGUUUUUGUUUUUAUUGUGCAAGAGCAGUUAUUUUUUGAAAAAAUGGGAAAACGUAAAGACGGUAAAUCCAAGGUUUACUAUUCGCGCCGGAAAUCAAGGAAACACAAAAAGAGUUAUUAUAUAACUAAUACCAAAAAGUAAGUAUGGAUUUUAACAAUUUUUUUUUGAAAAAGUAGAUUUAUUAAAAACAAUUAGAUAAACAGUAGAUAAAUAUUUCCAAAAAUUAUUUUAUUAUUUUGUCUCAUUGUAAACAUAAAAAUAUAAUGUAUUAGCAUCUUACUGGAAAUAAGAUUUUAAAAAUAGGUUCUUUUCAAAGAUAAAAUCUUACUAUUUUUAAAAAUUAUCAAAUGUCUUAAAAUCUGUACAUACAUUUAACAUUUUUUUUAAUUUAAUUUUUUUUUUAUAUUAUUGUAUUAAUCUCUAUCCAAAUCUAUAUUUUAGAUUUGGCCAUUGCAAAAACAUACUAAUUUUUUGUCAUUUAUUUUAGUACUUUCCGUACUUCUGCUACUGAAAGUAUGCCAAUUCAUAACACAUCUGAAGAGGAAAUAGAAGUUGAAAGACAAAGAACAUCUCCUGAUACCAUAACUGACUACGUUAUAGAAGGAAGGAGAAUCGUAGAUAUUCAGAAGCUUUUUAAAGAAAUCCAGAAUUUAUCCAGACACCCUCCAUUUAAUUGCACAAUUGCAGAUAUGAACAUUUUGACGGAAAAUAGAAAAGGCUUAAAAAGUUCAAUUUUACUAAAGUGCAAAAUGUGCAAUUUAGAAAAAUACCUCAAUCUGUUUACUCAAGAUGAGUCUGAAACAUCCAUGGACAUAAAUGCCGCAGCAGCCUUAGCAACCAUUUCAACGGGUAUUGGAUUUACUGCCGCGGAAGAAUUUAUGGCCAUACUGGAUGUCCCUUUUAUGUCUCCAAAUACAUAUCAGCAGCACCAUGAGUUUGUGGGAGAAAAGAUAAGGGAAACGGCUUGGAAAGCAAUGGAGGAAGCCGCACAAGAAGAGAGUUUAUUGGCCAAAGAAUUAGGAGAAGUAGACCAAUAUAAUCGCCCCUGUAUCACUGUUGUGGCUGAUGGUGCUUGGAGCAAAAGGUCUUAUAAUGUUAAUUAUGAUGCUGCUUCAGGAGUUGCUUGUAUAAUUGGACAGAGGACCGGAAAACUUUUAUUUCUUGGAAUCCGAAAUAAAUACUGCAGCUUUUGUGCAUACGCCAGUGCCAAAAACAUGGAAGUCAUUCCAGAUCAUACAUGUUAUAAGAACUGGUCAAAUACAUCCACAAGUAUGGAAUCCGACAUAAUUGUGGAAGGAUUUCGAAAAAGUAUUGACAUGUAUAAUAUUAUUUAUAAAAGACUUGUUGGGGAUGGUGACAGUAGCGUCUAUAAAAAACUGAUCGAGGCUCGCCCAUAUGGAAGUUUACAUGUGGAGAAAAUUGAGUGCAGGAAUCAUUUAUUAAGAAACUUUUGCUCCAAAUUGCGUGAAAUAUCUAGUAAGUUUAUUCAUCAUUAG